AUGAAGAGUGGUAACAACUUAGAGGAAUUACAAAAGUUUAAGUUAGAAGCCAGUGAAGUACUAGAGAAUGCAAAAUCCCCCAUCCAUAAAUGGGAAUCCAACCUGCCCGAGUUAGAAAGUGAAGACGUGGCGGACCCAAAAGAUACCCUCCAAUCCCUACUGGAUGACCAACCAGUAACAAAGCGAAAAAUGCUUAGCCGACUUGGAGGUAUUUACGACCAACUCGGUCUGAUUUCACCUACUGUUGUCAAAAGGAAACGGUUAUACAGGGAAGCGUGUCAGCCGAUCAAGGAGUGGAACACCGAAGUGCUAAAACCGCUUACGAAGGAAUGGCUGAAAUGGAACAGACAACUUGGAACUGUCCGAGUACCAAGAAGUAUCAAAGGGCGUGAGAAAGAUAAAAGCUGUGCAUCUUCAUGUAUUUGCAGAU